AUGAGUUCCAAGUCAAAAUCCAUAGGGAUUAUCGGAGCUCCUUUUUCAAAGGGACAGCCACGAGGAGGGGUGGAAGAAGGCCCUACAGUAUUGAGAAAGGCUGGUCUGCUUGAGAAACUUAAAGAACAAGUGAGUAAGAAUUUUUUAAUUUUAGAGUGUGAUGUGAAAGAUUAUGGGGACCUGCCCUUCACGGAUGUCCCUAAUGACAGUCCCUUUCACAUUGUGAAGAAUCCCAGGUCUGUGGGAAAAGCAAGUGAGCAGCUGGCUGGCGUGGUGGCAGAAGUCAAGAAGAACGGAAGAGUCAGCCUGGUGCUGGGCGGAGACCACAGUUUGGCGAUUGGAAGCAUCUCCGGCCAUGCCAGAGUCCACCCUGAUCUCGGUGUCAUUUGGGUGGAUGCUCACACUGAUAUCAACACUCCACUAACAACCACAAGUGGGAACUUGCACGGACAACCAGUGUCUUUCCUUCUGAAGGAACUAAAAGGAAAGAUUCCUGAUGUACCAGGAUUCUCCUGGGUGACUCCCUGCAUAUCUGCCAAGGAUAUUGUAUAUAUUGGCUUGAGAGACGUGGACCCUGGGGAACACUACAUUUUGAAAACUCUGGGUAUUAAAUACUUCUCAAUGACUGAAGUGGAUAAACUGGGAAUUGGCAAAGUGAUGGAAGAAACACUCAGCUAUCUACUAGGAAGAAAGAAAAGGCCCAUUCAUCUGAGUUUUGAUGUUGAUGGACUGGACCCAGCUUUCACACCAGCUACUGGCACACCAGUUGUAGGAGGUCUGUCUUACCGAGAAGGUCUCUACAUCACAGAAGAAAUUUACAAAACAGGAUUACUCUCAGGAUUAGAUAUAAUGGAAGUGAACCCAUCUCUGGGGAAGACACCAGAAGAAGUAACUCGAACAGUGAACACAUCUGUAGCAAUAAUCCUGGCUUGUUUUGGAGUUGCUCGGGAGGGUAAUCAUAAACCCAUAGACUAUCUUAACUCACCUAAGUAAAUGUGAAAACAUCAUAUAAAACUCUCACAGCUAAUGACAUAAUUAGCAAAUCUAAUAAUUUACUUAAGCCUAUAGUUUUCCUUCCAAUUAGUAUAAAUUCUACCAAUCCCUUCUUGGUGUGAAAUUCAAAAUUUGGAAAAAUUCUAAUUUUUGUGAAAAUAAAAGGCUUAUAUUUCCCAUUUUGACAAAAGAUUUAUCCUUAGAAAAAGAUGCAUACAUUAAUUUCCAAUUAAAAAUUUGCUGGCAUCAAAUCUAACACACUUAUAUAAGCCCC